AGUACGUAUCGCCGACAAUAUAAUAAAAAUGCUAUCUGCAAAAUCUAUGAUAACCAUGUUUAUGGUAUUGGCACUGAUUUAUUGUUCAAUGGCUUGCGACGGGCACGAUAGCCCAUGCAGUGGAGAUAAUGGUUCUCAAGGCAGUUGUUGUGGAGGCAUGCAUUGUCAGAAGAACGACCCUUCUUGGCGUCAAGGACGUUGUUACUAUAAUCCUGGAAAGUAACUUCCAGAUAUGCAGUACUAAGAAAUACUAACAAGAUGAUUAUUAUAUUAUUGGCAAAAAUAUUAUUUUACUGAAUAAAGCGCUACAAUGUUCUAGAUAGUUAAAUUAAUAAAUUGUAUAGAG